GUUUUUCAAUAUAUUAGUAUAUAAAACAUUUGAAUCACUACUAUUCGUUUGACAAAAGUCAGUCUUCAUUCUACAAUUCGACUUUAUGAUGUUGCGCGUGUAAUGCAUAAAUCGAGAUAUAUCGAUGACGAUUAUCCUAUGUGACGCACUACUCAAUUGUUUGCAUACAGGUUGCAUAAAAUGAAUGUACUUUUAGGGUGUGGCGUUUUCAGUUACAAAAGAGAUAUGGUUCUGAAAAACCAUAACACAUUACUCCUACCAAGCAUUUGCGUAUUACACAUCGGCUGAUUAGAAACAUUCACAGCCUAAUGUGAUUCCUUUUCUUCCAGUAAAUCAGUGAUAUUAAAUCACUAAGAUCAUAGAACCUUCCUGGUGUUAAAGGAUAUAUAUGCGUUGUGUCUACUGCUGCACUUAAAUGUAUUACCCGCGCUAAUGAAUCAUGGCUUGAAUUGUAAAUUGAUACAAGAGAAAACCAUAAUGGUAAAGGUGAAACUAAAUUUCAUAAUCUUAACCAGCGGAAUGAACUACUUUUUCUGCAUGGGACGUAAUAGCCAGGAGUAAUGUUGAAUAAAAAAUUAGUAUUUAGUCUGGCAAAAGAUGCUAUAAAACGUCGAUCAUUGAACAUUAUCGCGCAGAUAGAAAGAUCGUUCGACUAUCAUCUAGAUUUGUCGAUAUCUGCUUUGAGUGGUAACGAUGCAUUUGAAAAUGAAACGUCCAAAGAUGUUUCGGAUCAGAAAAUUAAGACCGUUUCAAAGGAAGUGAUCAGAAGUAUUGCCAGCAUAGAAAAUGUCGCUUUGGAACGAAGUGGUAGCAUCAGUCUUCUAGGAAUAGAUUGUUUGAGACCUCACGAAAUAGUCUUAGGAUUUCAGUUGGUUGAUAUCUUUUGUUCACUAAAGUCGCCUUUAGAAUUGCAAAUGAGCGAUAGACAGAAAAUUGAAGUGCGCCUCCGUACUUUGAUGAUGUUGGCUUGUUCUCAAAUUGACGCAUUUGACUUUGUCAAGACAGCAUUGGUGAUGAAUGCACUGGUAAAUAUAAUACAAAAUGGGCAUAUAGAUGCUGUUCUUGUUAAUGGGUUGCGUAAAUGCAAUACUGCUACAGUGGGAUUCGACCGCAAGUUAAGAUCUGCGUGGAAUCAUAAAUCUAUUACUUUGGAAGACUACAGCCUUGUUAAUGCACUCACAUGUUUCCACGACACUGUAAGUACAAAUGUAAUGGUUUCCCUCAAUCUUUUCUCCACGCGUAAAGUUAAUGAAUCUGCUCUAAAGGUACCAUCAAAUGAAAUAGAUGCCCAUAGCAUAUGUAUGGUACUAAAAUAUUAUGCAGCUUUAAAUUAUGCAUCUUUUAAAUUGGUCAGUUUAAUUCUAAAAUGGAUAGAAACGCAAAAUGAAAUGCAUAUAGAGGAUAAAUAUAACAUUCUUAUAUCAUUGGGCAAGCUGGAUAAUUCUGAAUUAUAUUUAUCACUUAAGAAGACAACCCCGUGGGAAAAUACGAAGACUAAAUUAACAUACGAGUCAAGAAACAUAAACUUGCAUCAUUCGUCUGAUGUUAAGAGUGGCACCACAACAAAAAAUCAUCUACUCCAGGAAAAUGAAGACAAUAAUAGCAUGGCUGAAGUUUUCAUUUCCUCUGUUAUUAGACUUAAGAGUGUAGGCAAUGCUAGUGUCAAAAGGUUGCAAUUAUAUAUAGCUUCACUAGUAAAGUUCAGAGAAAGAGCAAUUUCAUUGGAUAUUUUGCGUCAAAUGGCAACAGGGGCACUAAAGGACGCUUCUACAAGAGUCUUUCCAGGUACGCAGCAAAAGCAAGUAUUUUUUACAGUUUAUGCAUCUCUGUUAUACAACAUAAAGUUGUGCACAAAUAACCCACCACUUUUAUCACGUAGUGAAAUACAGGAAUUUUUCCUCUCCAACAAUGUCCAGAACAGCAUUUUGGCAUCCCUUCUUUCGCUGGCUAAGAAUCCAACCAAAACGCGUAUACAACCACUAGCAGAUAUUUGUGUAUUUAUGAAAUUAAUGGGAGGGGUGAACCAUGUGCCCGUUGCCAAAUUCCGAUUAACCCAUUUUCGAAAGGUCCUCAAGGAGGUAAUAGGGCUUUCGUUUUGGUAUUCCAGUGAGUCAUUCAUAGUGAGACAUUUUAAUGAAAUGUCUGAAUACUUAUACGGCGAUAAUGCCUUUAAGCCCAAGGUCCUAGAUAGGCUAUGUAUAAUUUAUAAAGAGAUUAAUCAAAACUCCAUUCCCCAUGAUGUUUUAAGAAUCUAUAUCGAUUUAACAGGCUUGUUGAGGUGUUUAUAUAGGGAAAAUGUGCACGUGACUUCCGAUUUGCACGAACAGAUCAAGGUAUUGAUUCAUUCCACAUAUAAAAAUAUUCCAUCCGAUAAAGUUCUUUACAUAAUGCGUAUGAUACAUUCUCUUGCACGUAUACUUAACGGAGAUGUAAAGCUACAUUCAUUCUAUGAUUUUAAAGGCAUCCUUUUUCAUAUAUUAUCCCAUAGUCAAUGGAAGGAUAACGUGCUCUUAUUGGUCGAUAUACUAUAUAAUUUGUUACCGUCAUCUAUCUCUUGGAUAGUUUGUGAGACUAAUUCUACACAAUUGUUAGAUGUUCUGACACACUAUCAUACUUCUGUUGUGUUGCCGCGAUUCCAUCUACCUUCUCCAUGGCAGCCAACUGGUGUUGAAAAUCCACUUUGGGAAGGGGGUACUCUGGACAUUUCGGUUUUCGCCAAAUAUGUUCAUAUCGUCUGGACUAUUCAAGAACGAUCUUCGUUUCAUCGGGAAGCUUACCUUUCUAAACUCUGUGAUAUUGUCUGUCAUUUGUCUGCAUUUCAAAAUGCCAAACGUAAGAAACCUGCUUUAUUGAACUUUUGUGACGACGAAUAUGGUUCUAAAAAAGGAAAUGAAAGGUGGCAGUCUUUCAGUGUCCACCUGUUGGCAAGGGUACUUUUGCAAAUGCAUAAACAGAGUGUAGGUUCACAACAGUGCAAUAGGCACCCUGAUUCUACAGCUCUUCGAGGACUCGCUUUCUUAUGCCAACAGUUGUCAGAUAGUCUAGACCAUGGAAACGAUCAUAAGGCCUCUAUGAAUAGACUAACAAAUUUGCUAACUGAUCACAUAGAAUAUGUGGCAUGUAUUGAAAUUAUAGAUAACAUGAGAAGGAAAUUAUUGUUGAUGAUGGAAUCUCAAUCUUAUCAUGGUGACGCCAUUACCUAGUAAUGUACCAUCAGCAUUUUAAACAUAUGAAGUAAUUAUAGCGAAACUACUCUGCAAUGCCGGGGUGAU